AUGGAUUUGAAAGCUAUUGGUGGUCGUGUUCGCUUCACCUCGAAUCGUGAGAGUGUUGGUGUAAUUUCAUUAAGAUCCGCCGGAGAUAUUUCACUGCCACAACGAGGACCGCCCAGGCGUGGGCUUAUCGUGCCACAGCAGCCGCCAAAUCCACCGACAAUAAUACCGUUAACACACGCCAGAUCGCAUGACCGGGAAAGCGGCGACUACGCAGGCUCAAUAUCGGAUCUGCAAAGUGUCACUUCGCGUCUAAGUGCUGUGUCGAUCGGCACCAACAAUUGCACCGCCCGCUAUCGUACUCUGAGCGGCGGCAUCGGCGCGUCGCCAUCGCUCUCGCCAAGCCCAUCAUCCGAUUACGAGGAUAUUGCGGCAACGCGUGGUCUACCGCCCAGUCUGGCGGCGAAGAGUAAAAAGAACGGCAUUCCGCACAAAGCCAACACCAUCAGCCAGAAGGCCACAGUGCAUCAUUCGAACGAAAUGCGAAACUCACCAAAGGAAAUUGGCGUAUUUAAUGAGAACGGAAGGAACUUUGUAGCCACAAAGGAUACUUCGAGGGAUUUCAGCAAUUCUCAAGAUAAUACCGACCGUGGCAGCAUGAGCGACCAAGCCUUUGCCUGUUCAGCAAGUUCGGUGGAAAGUUUACCCAGCGCUUCCGGUUCAAGUACUCAAGCGCUGGUUCGUCCUGGCAGUCCACAGAGCUCUAUUUCUACCGAGGACCGCACUUCGUUAGCACCAAUUUGCAAAGCCAAAGCACUUGUCGAUAGUAUGCCGAAUCCGUACGAUAAGGAUGCACUCAAAUUUAAGAAAGGUGAUAUAAUCGAUGUGCUGUCAAUGAAUGCCUCUGGCAUCUGGAAGGGUCGUUGUCACGGCCGUCUCGGACACUUUAAAUUCAUCAACGUUGAAGUGCUGCCCGAACGUCUGAAGUCAUCAAAUAGCAAAAUUCUUGGUGCGGGUGGUUUGGGCAUCGGCGGCGUAGUUGGCGGUGUUGGCAUGGGUGGUGGUGCCAGCAUGCGGCACACUAGCAAUAACGGCCCAAGUUCGGUAGAAGAUUUACUCUUUCGCAUUGGACUAAAGGAGUAUACGUCGGUCUUCGUUUUGAAUGGAUAUGAGGACCUCGAACUCUUUAAGGAACUGGAACCAGCUGACUUGGAUUACCUGGGUAUUAUUAACCAGGAGCAUCGUGCCAAAUUGCUGACAGCUGUGCAGUUGUUGCACGAUAUUGAAUGUUCCGAUGGCGAUAUCGCCGGCUCCAGUUCGGAGAAUGACGAAACGCGCCUAAAUAACAUCAAUAAAAAGCAUGGCACAUCACCAUUCGGCCGUCGUCAUUUCCCACGGGACUCGGGCUGCUAUGAAGGCUCUCCUGUGCCCACCUCACAUACACCUAUACAGAACAUACCAUCCACCGAUGAGUCGAACAGUUUGGACGAUGUUGUUACCAAGUGUUCCAGCGAGAUCAUGAAGCGCGUCGAGAGCGCACGUCGGCAAAAAGAAAACCCAUUCAAAGCCGGACUAUCGGCCCGUGUUGGUAAGAAAGCGCUGUUGGGUGGCAGCCUUAUGGGCGAAGACACGUUGACGCGCGGCGGCGGUCUUAGUGAGAAGUCAAGCGAUUCGGGCGUGAGCAGCAGUUCGCUGUCUUCGGGUCCGAUGAAGAAUAGCACUUAACACUUACCCACCAUACUCGCCCACG